AUGAUGUCGCAGGGCCAGUCAAGCAGUUUUGCACUGGCCCUGCACAUCGAAUUCGAUGAAACAGGCCAGAAGUUGAGGCUACGGCGGCAGUGGUCCCGUGACCACGCCACCACGCUGUCAGUCUUAGUUUCCAGGACUACUGCCUUUGUUUCUGGACCGCAUGGUGUUCUCUCGAGGUCCAUUAUCAAUGCACCUGCGGUUCUGUGGCGGCAAACUGCCAAGUCGCUUUGGAAGGGCUUGAUGGAGAAACAGAUGAAGCACCCAUACAGCUUAGCUGCAGAAGCCCCAUUGGUUCUUCUGCAGUUCGUUUGCGACAACGCGCCUGCCAACGCCCUUUUGUUUAGACGGGUGGUGAGCACUUGUCCGAAAAACAUGUUGACAGCUAUGCAAAAGUGCCUCAUGCACCAGGCAAAUCUCGCGGGGGAAAUUGCUUGGAAAACGCUGGGCUGCCUACCGGACAUGUUCAACUGCUCAUCGCUGCUGACUCAGGGGUCAUUGUUUUACGAACUCAUUGUGAAGAUCAGAUGGCUGCUGACGACCAGACUUGUCAUCAAGUACGACAAGCCCAGAUCCCAGCUCUCCUCGCCUGGGGAUGAACAUUUGAGCUACGCCCGUCCCCACCCGUCUGAUGGCAUUGAGGAGCAGGACCAGGAUCCAGAUGCUCAAAGCCAGCGGGCCCACUCCGCUGAAAUGCUUUUGCUUAUGGCCAAUGGAGCUUGCCAAGAGACCAAGCAUUCCAAAUAUAUCGAGGUGGUUGUCUUGUGGCGAGAACGCUCGCUGGGCUUUGCGUUGCACAACCUGCUUGGGCAAGCAUGGUCCACACCUCAAACACCAUGCCGCGUGGAGCCCACUGGCAAUCCGAAGGCGGAGGUGAUUCAGCUGAUUUGGUGCCUGCGCAGUCCUUACUCUUCGAUGACCACUUUGGCGUUUCAGAUUCUUCGAGAAAUGCAGCGCCGCGACUGGAUGGACGGAACGCAGCCGAGUGAGCGAUUGCCAGCUGUGAAGAUGACUUCAAAGAAGAAGUCGAUUGCAGCUAUCGCACUGAAGGAUUACAUCGACAUGGCGAAUGGUGAAGCUCCGGUGUGCUUGAAAGGAUUCGACGAUGGAGCGAUGCAUUUGGCGAAUUUCGUACUCUACUCCUGCAUCGGCCAUGUUUGGCACAGGCUUUUCCACUCUGUGUUUCAGGUUUGGCCUUACAGCUUGGGCCAACUUACCGACCCAGACGUGAGUUUCGAGGAAAAAAAUCAGCUGGCCAGGAAAUUCAUGACUGCCCGAGAUUGCUGUUUGGACAAGGGAUUUUCCUUGCCAUUGCAGCGUUACAUGAAGGAGAACAAUUUGGCACCUGAAGCGUUGCUUCCCGGGGCCCCCCUGAGCCAUAUGGUCCGGUUGCUCAUGAUGAGGAAGCUGGUGAAUGCACAGAUAGAGUGCAAUUUUGCUCGGGCUGCUGCUCAGCGCCGGGUGACGCAGGGGAGGGGCCAUGGUAUCACCAGCAUGGUCGGAAAAUUCAUUUUGGGGGAGUUGCAGAAGGACCACCAACGUGCUGUGCUGGAAGCAGAGAGAGCAAGGUACGAACAGUGUCGCCUUGAAAGCCCACAUGCUCCAGAGCAGGGAGACUGCUCUCAGUCUUCAGCCUGUUCAUACAACGGAUUCACUUUGUUUCUGAAGGAUCGGCUUCACUCGAUGGUAUCAUACCCAGGGGAGAGCAGAAGUGCAACGCUUUCCAGGACAUGGAGUGAGGCGUCAGCACUAUGGGCAGCAGCCACCCCUGAGUUCAAGAAGGAGAAGUCCCGCGUUGCCAAGCAACACAAUGCUCUUGUGAGGAGCAAGUCCUCUGAACAGCUGGCGCAGGCAACUCAAAACGAUGGCCAACUGGUUCCCCAUCGUGAUGGCCCGCAAUUCCCUGAUUUCUCUGGCUUGGCCGACCGGCAUUAUGCCAUUGCAGAAAGGGUGGUUGAGGAGGAGCGUCAGAAAUGUCCCAAUUGGAUGCAAGCGAUGCACCAGCAGUUUGAGAAAGACCAUGGCCAAUUGAUUCAACUAGAGGACUGCGAUGGCGAUGACCGCGACUCUGAUUUGGAGGAGGAUGACUUCGACGUCGAUGGCAUAUGCCCAAUCGAUUUGUGCGCAAGAGAUGCAGAACGGAUGGAUCACCACAGCUUCUGGGCAGAGCAAUUCAAAGCAGUUCUGCGCAUUGCCAGGCAAUCUCGCAAAACAAAAGGGUUUCUGCCAGACCACCCCCUUGUCAUUGUUCUACCGAAUGAAAUGAAAGAUUUGCAGGCCUUGAAGUGCGGAGAUGCCUGCUACCUGCUGUCCAAAAUUCAGUUCUCUCCAUUUGAUGCCACUCUGGUGAAGCUCACAUUGGAGCGCCUGAAUCCAGGUACUGAUGCUGCAACCACUUGGGUUGCAAAAAUGCAGCCUACACCUGAUGGUUUGCCAGAGGUUUUCUCUCUUGAUCUGUUUUUGAAACAGUGUUGUCAGAGCAUUGAUGCUGACAGCCACAGCCUUCAUAUCCUUCGCUAUUGUGGGCGCAAAUUUGGUGCCUUGGACAUUGAUUCGGUUGAAGACCUUGAGGAAGCUACUUUGAGAAAUUCCCAAGCAGCAGCUCAGGCUGCGGAUGACGAGUCAGAAGACAACAAUGACGAUGAUCAGAAAUUGGCCAAGAAACGGUCAGAUUUACUAAGAAACGCGUUGGCUGCUGCAAAGGACGGCAAGCCCAGAAGGGCAAAGGCUAAAUGCAAGCCAAGAGCCAAAGCAGUCAGGAAGGUAACCAAACAAGACCAGAAGGCCAAGAGAUUACAAGCUUCAGGACAGCAAUCUGAGAACAGCAAUGCCCCAGCCCCACCCGUGGAGGACGGAAGAGAUGACAGCCCAGAGGAACCUGGUGUGGCAGGGGACGUUCAUGGUGAAAUUGAACGUGCUUGGAUUGGAGCACUUGAAGCAGAUUUGCCACUGCCACCAUCUGAACCCAGCUCUUCAAGUGCACGCGGAUCAUCUGAUCCUGCACCGGUGGCACCGGUGGCUGAUCCACCACCUCCUGUUCCAUGGAAAAAUCAAACGGGGUACUGCUUUCUUCCCAAAGACGGGAAAGAAAUGGGUGUCCACUUGGGCAGAAUUACUGAAAUUCGAAUCGGAGAGCCCGGACAUGCAAUAUCCAUCAGGUGUGGACUUCACGCAAAUUGCAAAGUCCUGGUUGGAGUGAAGAAGCUUUCUGGCAAUUCCGAAGCCCGCAUGCUGCAGUGGUUGCAAUCUGGCUUGUCCGUCCCCGGUGGGAAGAAUGGCGGAGCGGAGCACAAAGCAACGUUACUUGUACUGUACUUGCUACUUUACUUCCUUUAUUAA